GGCUGGAGAUCGAGGGGCGGCAACAUUGUAGUACAUCCCCUCUGGUUCUGGGCUUCACGCGCGUUUUCGCAACUCAGGCAGACAAGAGGUCGUCCGCACUCUGGCCGUAAACCCCUUUCCUACCUGAGCAGAGCGAGCCGGGGCGGCGAGCCGGGCCUCACCAUGGCCGCGAAUUAUUCUAAUAUGAGUAAUAGAAGAGAACAUGUCAAAAUUACGACUGACCCCCAGCCAGGCUUCCUGGAGCGGCUGAGCGAGACGUCGGGUGGGAUGUUUGUGGGGCUCGUGACCUUCCUACUCUCCUUCUACUUAAUUUUUACCAAUGAGGGUCGCGCGUUGAAGACAGCAACCGCCCUGGCUGAGGGGCUCUCACUUGUGGUGUCCCCUGACAGCAUCCACAGUGUGGCUCCGGAGAACGAGGGGAGGCUGGUGCACAUCAUUGGGGCCCUGCGGACAUCCAAGCUCUUGUCUGAUCCAAACUAUGGGGUCCACAUUCCGGCUGUGAAGCUGCGGCGGCACGUGGAGAUGUACCAGUGGGUAGAAACCGAGGAGUCCAGAGAUUAUACUGAGGACGGGCAGGUGAAAACAGAGAGGAAGUACUCCUACAACCCUGAAUGGCGGUCGGAAAUCGUCAACAGCAGAAACUUCGACCGAGAGAUUGGCCACAAAAACCCUAGUGCGAUGGCCGUGGAGUCGUUCACAGCAACAGCCCCCUUCGUCCAGAUUGGCAGGUUUUUCCUCUCGGCAGGCCUCAUUGACAAAGUCGACAACUUCAAGCCACUGAGCCUGUCCAAGCUGGAGGACCCACACGUGGACAUUAUUCGCCGGGGAGACUAUUUCUACCACAGUGAAAACCCCAAGUACCCAGAGGUCGGAGACAUGCGAGUUUCCUUCUCCUAUGCCGGGCUGAGCAGCGACGACCCUGACCUGGGUCCAGCUCAUGUGGUCACUGUGAUUGCCCGGCAGCGAGGUGACCAGCUAGUCUCAUAUUCCACCAAGUCUGGGGACACCUUGCUUCUCCUGCACCAUGGGGACUUCUCAGCCGAGGAGGUGUUUCUUAGAGAACAAAAGAGCAACUCCAUGAAGACAUGGGGCCUGCGGGCUGCUGGCUGGAUGGCCAUGUUUAUGGGCCUUAACCUCAUGACACGGAUCCUCUAUACCCUGGUGGACUGGUUUCCCGUCUUCCGAGACUUGGUCAACAUUGGCCUGAAGGCCUUUGCCUUCUGUGUGGCCACCUCACUGACCCUGCUGACCGUGGCUGCUGGCUGGCUCUUCUACCGGCCCCUGUGGGCCCUCUUCAUCGCCUGUCUGGCCCUGGUGCCCAUCAUCAUUGCUCGGACACGGGUGCCAGCCAAAAAGCUGGAGUGAAACAGGCCCUGGCACCUACACAACACCCAUUUGAGUUUCAGGAUCCAGGUCACCCUGUGCCCCCUCCUCUGACCCUGCUCCAUACCAGAGCACGAGUCCGCACUGGUUUUAGAUUCUGCACCUGCUCCACUCUUCAAGGGGCCAGACUUGGCAGCGUGCCCUUACGUCGGAUUUGGUGUUCAUCUGUUAAGUCUCUCCACCCCUUGUCUUGUCAGUGAGCAGCUUUGAUGGGCAGAAGGCAGCUCCUCUCUGGCGGCAUGACAAGCGUUCUCCCACUUGUUUUCCCCCUUCUCUUGGGACUGUGUGUGGCUGGUUGCAUGCAUCAUCUAGCCGGUGUCUUCAGAUAUCCAGGUGACACUCAGAGACCUGCUGCCUUACCCCCUCCUGCCUCCUCCUCGGAGAUAAGUGCCAGGUUCUGCCACACCACCAGCCGCUCCCUUGAUACUAAAGGGCCACCUUUAUCAGCUGUCUCUAAUUGGUGCUGUAUUGCCAAGACAGACUAAGCCCUUACCCUGCAAAGCAGGGUCACUAUAAACCCAGUUUGUGGCUAGAACUUGAUUUGAUAUUUCAAAAAAGCAAAUCCACUGGCUUUGACCUGAGGGAAAUUGGACAUCUGUUGGGCUUUACUCUUUUUAUGGUUUGGCAGCAUCUCCUUAGUGUACAGUAUCUCCAAAGGCUCUGAGUUUUUAUUGCCUCACUUCAUGUGUACUCUACCCCGAGGGAGUUGUUCAAAAUAAGAUUUGAAAAGCAAAGUAGAAAACCUCCUGAAUGACUAACAUUUCUGACUGUUACAGAAAAAGACACCCUUUAACUGUUAGUUGAGGUUAAUUCAGAGCACAGAAAGGUGUUAAAUGGGGCUGUGACUUACCUGGUUUAAAAAAAAAAAAGUUACCGUUGUCAGUAUUCUGGGUCACUGGGAAGCUUUAAGAUGCUUUUGAAAUAAGUGUUACAAAAUGAUUUGUCUUCUCUCUGGGAGGCGUUGGGGAAUAUCUACAAGGUAAAGCGUUUCCUUUUAUCCUAUGGCAUCAGACACUACCAGUGUACUUGAAGUUACGAGUUUUUAGUCAACUAUUAAAGGAAAAGGUUGGAAGCUUUAUUAUCCUGCGCUCCUUCACAGUGACCCCAUCAAAAUCAAGCUUGGAGGCCUCGGGCUUGCUGUAGAUGUGAGUGCUCUUGCCGCCUCAUUCCUUUCAUCAUGGAGGACUUCUGAUACAGCGGCUGGGCCUCCAUGGCUGCUUCUGCUAUUCGUUUUGUUACGUGUCUGCCACUUUGCUCCUCCAAAAUAACAUCUACCCACACUUAAUCAAUAUAUUUCCCAACUACUCUCACACCCUUUGAAAGAUAAAGAAUGUAACCUUGAUGUCCUAAAAAAUUCUUUGUAUAGCUUUUACUUUAUCUUUUACUACUUGGAAAUUGUUCUACCUUGCUGGGAGUGGUUGCUUUAGCAAAUAAGUAUCUGGUAGUUGAAUAGGGAACUUCUGAAAAUAGUGAUCUAAUAAUCUCUCCUAUAGUCCGGGUAUAUGUUACAGAUUCUUCAUGGUAGGGACAGCUGGCCCCACAGAUAAUUUAUCUGGGUUUAAGGACUGAAAUAGUUCACUGCAGUUUCAUUGAAUCUCUAAAUCAGGGGUGGAGAAUGUCCGGCCUAUGGGCCAUAUAAGGUCUGAGAAAUCAUUUGGUCUGGCCCUGCCAAGGCAUUAGGGGUGAGUUAGUUAAAUGUUUGACUAAAUAUAGCAGGAUAAUUUUUAAGUUGAUAAUUUUGUGUGGCCUGCAAAUGAUGUUAUAAAUAUUCAAAUGGCUCUUGGCAGAAAAAAGGCCCUCCACUCCUGCUCUAAAUCCUCAAAGGAUGCUUUUGGAAAAUACAGUACAGUAAAACCCUCGAUUUAAUGGACUUAGUAUUUAACAGACAAAAUUUCCGGUCUGUAUGUUAUGUGGAAGUUAACACCCUCUCAAUUAAAAAAUGCUUUUAACCAAGAGUUGCUUGUAAUAAACAGGUUAUAUUUUUUGUUAUUCACUGUUACUAGUAUUUUUAAUAAAUUUUAGUGAAUAGGCCAUAUGCUGGAAAAAACAAGUAAUUUUGAUGACAUAAAUAUUACAUAUCUACAACUAUAAUCUACAUAUUUAAAUCCAAGAAUCACUGCUUGUAAACAAUGUCUGGUGAAUGAUGAACACGUGAUCACACCGCAUGGAGCAGUAAUUAGUUGUUGUUGUUGCAUGGUGUCACUUUCUGCAGCAGUUUUAACGCCGAAGUUCUGACAUACACUAAGGCACAUCCCCUCUGUGUGCAUCUGUUUACUCGUGGAGACUGGUGAAUGUACACAUUUACUAGAUCUAUUCAGUAUAAAUUUAAAAUUACAGUAAUACAUGUAGAAAACUUUUCUGUGAAAUUAAACUUUUCAUAUAUACUUAAUUUUAAUUAAACAUCUACAUAAGUGAAAACAGGUAAACUAAUUUGUCAAUAUUUUAAUAUAUGCAUUCGGAAAACCUGUUUCAUUAUAUAAUGGGCUUUCAGCUUUAAUGGACACACCCUUGCCCAUAUUAGUUCCUUUUAUCGAGGUUUUACUGUAUAUACAAAAUCUUUGGGAUUGGUCUGUAAUUUUUCCAAGUAUAAGAUUUUAAAUUACUGCCAAUUUCAAAUGUUCUUUAGGAGCAAAAUAAUGUUAAGAAAUAUUUGAUGCCUUGGAAAAAUCAUGAAAUUUGUAUUCUUUGUAUUUUUGAUAGAAAAAUCAAAAUAAAUGUCUAAGUAUCUUUUAUAGGACAUUGCCAUUAUUCCUUUUGUUGUUUCUGUAUUCUUUCUGAAAUUUCUACCUUAAAGAAUUCAGCUGUAAAAUUCAGUACAAACCAUAUGAUUUUUAGACUCAGUUCUAAGUUGUUUUUGGUGGUUAAAAUAUAUGUAUUUUUAAAGGGCAACUCAAUAUUUCUAGCACUUAGAAGUCUUAAAUGUCAAAGCCUACUUUGUUUUGGAUGCAUUUAAAGUGAAGGAUUCACACUUCACCCAUCUUCAGAAUUGUGCUGGAGGACGGGAUGGAGCCACAGUCCAAAAGGCAUCACUGGCUUUGGGUUGGCACAGACCUGAAUUCCAGUCUCAAGUCUGCCACUGAUUGGCUAUGUUAUGUUGGGAAAAUCAAUACUUUGAGCCUCAGUCCCCUCAUCUGUAAAAUGAGAACAAUGCCAUUGUACCCCCACAAGUUUGCUGUGAGGACUGGCAGAAAGCCCAUGAAAUGCCAAACACAUAUGACAUUAACUUUUUAUUCUUUUUCCUCCUGUUCUGAAGCAAAGGACUGUUGUAAUUAUCCACUCUGAAGUUAGCAAUUUGAAUAGUUCUUUUUAUGUAUUACAAGAUUUGAAGCAGGUGAGUGAUAACUUUCCAAAACCUAUUCUUGUAUUUUUAAAAACUGAAAGUUUUGAUUUCCAUAGUGCCUUCUAGGAGCUGACCUCUGCCUGAAAAACAGGUUGGUGUGGGGAGACAGGAUGAUGCUCGACUGAAUUCCCAGAAAGCAAGUCGCUUACCUCUAGAAGAGGAAGGGCUCUGGUGCAGGAAGAGUGAGGCUCUGCAGUUUCCAUGGCAACCUGUUUGUUUCUCAGCAAGAGUCUUCCUGCCAGGCUUUUAUGCAUAUGAGUCAUACCUCAAGUGUUUUGUUUGUUUCCCUUGGAUAAAACUGAUUCAAAUUUU